AUGAAAGGAGUGGGACAAAGGUUUGCUCAAGGAGUUGUUGAAUUUCGAGAUGCGUUGUCAAAGUAUUAUAUUCAUUCCGGUUUUAAUUUUGAUUUUGUUAAGAAUGAUAAGGAUCGUAUCACUGUUCAUUGUAAGAGAAUGGCUGAUUUGGGAUGGUUAUGGAGCGUGCAUGCUAGAGUGGAAAAUUAUAGUAAAGCUUUUGUUAUUAAACAAUUUGAUGAUGUUCAUACUUGUGGAUCUUCUUUUCGUACAAUUAAACAUGCUAGGAUGACUUCAAGUAUGAUUGGUGGGCUAAUUUCUAGUGAUAUUCGUAACAAGGCUUUGACAUCGGUUAGUGAGGUGUUUUGUGAUUUCAAGGACUAUUAUGGAACAGAAGUUUCUUAUCGGCGAGCUUGGAUGGGUGUUGAAAAAGCAAAGGGUCUUGUUUUUGGCGACUAUUCAUCAUCAUUUGACGAUCUCCGUUGGUAUGUUGAUGCUGCUAAUGCUUGCAAUCUGGGGAGUGUUUUGGAUAUGGAAUUUGAUAUUGAUAGUAAAGGAAGACAUUUCAAAUGCUUGUUUUUCGCUUUUGAGUCAUGUAUUCAUGGUUUCAAGUAUUGUAGGCCUGUGUUGAUGCUUGAUGGAACUUUUUUGAAAGGAAGACACAAAGGUUGUUUAUUGGCUGCUACGGCGAAAGAUGGUAACCAAGGUUUGUAUCCGUUAUGUUUUGCGAUUGUUGAUGGUGAAAGUUAUGACAGUUGGCAUUGGUUCUUGUCAAAGUUAUUAGGUAUUUUGACUCCGGAGAGGGAUAUUGCGUUUGUUACUGAUCGACAUGGAGGUUUGCUGAAAGCUUUAGCUGAGGUCUUUCCGUUUUCUUGUCAUUCUUUUUGUCUAAUGCAUUUGAAGACAAACUUGAAGACUUAUUUGUCAGUGAAGAGUCGUGAAUCAAAAGAGUAUUUGCUUACUCUUUUUAGUAGAUGUGCAUAUGCUCCUACUGUUGAGUUGUUUAAUGAGCUAUUUGAAGAAUUUAAGGGUCGUUGUGGUCGUAGUGUUGAGAGGUUUCUUGAGGAUUUGCCUAAUGAGUGUUGGUGUAACGCUUAUUUUCAAGGCAAGAGGUGUGGUGAAAUGUGCACAAAUGUUGCGGAAUCUUUUAAUUCAUGGAUUAGGGAUGAACGCCAUUUGUUUUCAACUAAGAAAAAGUUGGAAGAAGCUUUUAAUGAUACAAAAGCAUGGAUAGUUAAGAAAUGUAGCGAUGACAUUUAUGAAAUCCAAUUGGAUCAUUCAGUUAUGGUUGAUAUUGGGAAACAUUGUUGUUCUUGUCGAUUGUGGGAAUUUGAUUCUUUUCCUUGCAAACAUGGUUUUUGUGCUAUAAAGAGAAGUGGGAAGGAUCUGAAUUGCUUUCUUGAUGAUUACUACCGUGUUAGUAGUUAUUGUGAUUCUUAUUCACAUUCUAUCUAUCCAGUUCCUAGUAUGUGGAAGCCAAAUGUAGUUGUUGAUGAUGACGUUGUUUUACCUCCUCUUUGUAUGAGACCAGCUGGACGUCCAAGAACGGAGAGAAUACCUUCUAAGGGUGAAAUCAAGAGAAUUAGAUGCAGUAUGUGUGGAAAGAUGGGAACUCAUAAUCGGAAGACAUGUAAACAAGCUUUGCUUUAG